AUGAAGGAUCUUAUUAGAGAGGCCCCACUGGGUCAAGCACUUCGAUUCGUAUCCGGCAAUCGCCUGUUCAAAUACCCAGAAGAAGAACCCAACUUCGACAUACCAAUCCAAUACAUUACUCAACUAGAUCCGGAAAAAGGAUCCAAACCAACGCUCUCAAAUUCCAACACCAGCAACUCUCAUGCAGUUUCUGAUACUCGCUCUAGCAACACCCCAGACAGCGACCUAGAAGCUCUCGGUAUCAAAAGGACAAAGAGUAGAGCAGACACUCAACCCUACAGCAACGAACGGUUCGAAGUAGAACAACAACUCUCUCUCGAACGCACAAAGACCACACCUAUCGUUCCCAAGAAAACCUCUGAUGGAAUCGUCCUCGUCGACUGGUAUACCACCGACGACGCCGCUAAUCCACAAAAUUGGACCAGCGGCAAGCGAGGCUUCGUCACAUUCCUACUCUGCGCAUACACAUGGGUUGUCUACACAGGCUCAUCCAUCUACGCCGCAAGUGAAGGUGGUGUAAUGAGUCAAUUCAGCGUCAACCCAACUGAAGCAGUCUUGCCACUUAGUCUUUAUGUCCUCGCCUAUGGCAUCGGACCAUUGGUAUUCGCACCCUUAAGUGAGAUUCCCAGCAUCGGACGCAACCCAGUAUACUACCUAACCUUCAUCGUCUUCUUCGCGCUCUCAUUCCCCACAGCCGUCGUCAACAACUUCGCCGGCCUCCUCGUCCUUCGCUUCCUCCAAGGCUUCUUCGGCAGUCCAGCACUGGCGAAUGCAGGCGCGAGUUUCUCCGACAUGUAUUCCUUGCUAUACGUCCCGUACCCGCUUUCCUGGUGGGUGUUUUCCGCGUGGGGAGGACCUGCUCUGGGUCCUUUGAUGGCUGGAUUUGCUGUUGCGGCCGAGAAUUGGCGGUGGUCGCUUUGGGAGAUUGUGUGGAUGGCAGCGCCGAUGUUGGUUGCGCUUCUGAUUCUCCUGCCCGAGACGUCGACGCCGAAUAUCCUGCUUCGAAGAGCGCAGCGGCUUAGGAAACUUACUGGGAAUGAGAGACUCCAGGCACAGAGUGAGAUUGAUCAAAAGAAUAUGAAGGCUUCCUCGAUUCUGGUUGAGGCGCUUAUCAAACCUAUUGAGAUUACCAUUAAGGAUCCUGCCAUAUUCUUUGUCAAUAUUUACACGGCUUUGUUUUAUGGGAUAUAUUAUACAUUUUUCGAAGUCUUUCCCCUAGUCUUCCCCCCAAUGUACGGUUUCAACCUCGGCCAAAUCGGACUCGCCUUUCUCGCCUGCCAAAUAGGCGCAACCUUCGCGCUACUAAUUUACUUUGCCUACCUACACUACUACAUGAUUCCCGACAACAUCACCCACGGUCUCCGGGCACAAGAACACCGUCUCGUGCCCGCACUUUUCGGAUCGUUUCUCCUCCCCAUCGGCCUCUUCAUCUUCGGCUGGACAGCCAACCCGUCGAUCCACUACGUCGUUCCGCUCAUCGGCGUUAUCAUCUUUGUGAUGGGCACGUUCUUCGUCCUGCAAAGCAUCUUCGUCUACGUCCCGCUUAGCUAUCCGCAAUACGCCGCGAGUCUGUUUGCGGGAAAUGACUUGGUGAGAAGCGCGAUGGCGGCGGGCAGUAUCGUGUAUGCGCGUCCACUGUUUGUUAAUGAGGGGAUUGGGAGGGGAGUGAGUGUUUUAGCGGGGCUGAGUACGUUGGGGGUCUUUGGGAUGGUGGGACUUUAUGUUUUUGGUGCUAGGUUGAGGGCGAGGAGUAAAUUUGCUCAGGCUUGA